AUGAUGUUUGCAAUUGCCGCCACUGCCACUCUACUCUUCUCGACUGUUAGCAUCAUAUUGCUCUUGGCGAAGCCGACCUUUAGCCAGCCAACGGCAUGCUCAGCACAAAGCUCAUUAAUAGCUUUCGACGAUAUAAUAAGUACAACGAGUAUAUCAGGAGUUCCAGUACCAAACGGCUAUAAUCGUUUAAAUUGGGAAAAUGUUCUCGUUGUGAAUGGUAUAAACUAUUAUACUCCCAAUACUGGCUAUACAACGGGUGUUGUUAGUCCUCCGUAUCUUGUCUUCAAUGGAUAUGGUAAUCCAAUGGCUGUCACAAAUAUGGCUACAAGUACAUUUACAAUAAAUUCAUUUUAUUCAUGCGCAGCUUGGCAUGAUAACACUAUAUUGACAAUGACCGGUACAAGAUCAGGCGCCGUUUUAUAUACGAAAAAAGCUAUGUAG